AUGUGUUCUGAAAGUCGUACGUCACCAUGUCUUAGCCCUAAACCGAAGACCAAUGAUAUUUGCAUAAGAGCAAUAACACGCGAAGACCGUCACGCUGUUUUAGAAUUCCUUCGCAAGCACUACUACGGUGAAAGGGGUUAUGUGGUUCGCGGCACAACAUCCUGGUGGGACAACAGGCCUCAUGAAGCAUAUAUUUUGUCCAAAAUGUAUCAAGGCUAUUGCCUAUUGGCAGUAGAUGUUGGCAACAAUGCAAUUUUGGGAGUUUCUAUAUCUGCACCCAAAGGCCCUGAUGAGGCUGAACGAUUAGCAGAAUAUGCAUCAAAGGCGGGACCCACAAAAUGGGGAGUAAUACUCAAGUUAUGGGAACGUGCAGAGCGACAGUCUAAUGUCUUUAAACGACAUGGCGUUAAAAAAGUUCUUCAUAUGUAUGUUUUGGCUGUGGAUAAGAGUACUCGAGGUGAAAAUAUUGGUGCAAGACUGUUGUCUGAUCUGAUACUGUUGGGGAAAAGGUUGAAUUAUGAAUUGCUAACAGGCGACUGUACCAGCCACUAUUCAUCAAUAAUGGCCCAACACUUUGGAGAAUGUGUAAAUGUGAUCCGCUUCAAAGAUUUCGUCGAUGACAAAGGGCAGCCAUUGUUCGAGGCAGUAUCUCCAAAUGACUACUGCAAAACAUAUGCUGCAACGUUAGUUAAAUCGAAAAUUUAA